GGUUUUAGCUGGUCCCCAGCUUAGUUUUAGCUGGUUUUGCUGGUGUAGGAAGCUGGUUUUGCUGGUGUAGCAAGCUGGUCUAGCUGUGUUUUGGUCACGUUUUAAGCUGGUCUAGCUGGACUUAGCUGGUCAUGCUGGAAUACCAGCUGGCCCACCAGCAUGACCAGCUUUGUCAGGCUGGGAGGACCAGCGUAAACCACCUUACCCCAGCUAAAACCAGCUACCAGCUUAUGCUGGUUUUAGCUGGAUUUUUCAGUAGGGGAUCCACUGACUGAUGAAGAUAAAGCAGAAACAGAGAAGAUUCAGAAAAUAUUCAGCUCAAGAAUCAACAAAUACACCAUGAUCCUCAUAAUCCAGAAAUCAGAGAACAGAACAGCACAAAUAAAUGAAGAAAUGAAGUCUGUGGUUAGGAGUUUUGGAGGAAGACAUGAGUUUCUCUGUACUAACACACAAGUGUUCAUGUUGAUGGAUAAACUGAGGCAGAUGAUGGAAGAAAACAGCAGAAGUUUUUACUCCAAAGAAACAUUUUGGGAUGCACAGCUGGAGAAACUUUUGAAACUUGAAGAGAUGAAGAAGAAACAGAUUCAGACACAAGAUGUUAGAGAUGGUUCAGAUGAUGUGAGGAUUGUCCUGCUGGGAAAAACGGGAGCUGGGAAGAGUGCAACAGGAAACACAAUAUUAGGGAGAAAAGCAUUUAAAUCAGUCACAUCACAGCAGUCCAUUACUAAAGAGUGUCAGAGAGAAACAGCUGAAGUUAACAGCAGACACAUCACUGUGAUUGAUACUCCAGGACUGUUUGAUACUGAACUGAGUCAUGAAGAGAUUCAGAGAGAAAUGACAGAAUGUAUCUCAAUGACACUGCCAGGACCUCAUGUGUUUAUUAUUGUACUGAGUUUAGCUCAACGCUUCACAAAAGAGGAGGAUGAAUCAGUGAAGAUCCUUCAAGAGAAGUUUGGUGAAAACUCUUUAAUGUACACCAUGAUACUCUUCACCAGAGGAGAGGAGCUUAAAGAUGAAACCAUUGAAGAGUACCUGGGAAACUCAAAAUCUGCCUUAAAGAACCUCAUUGAACAGUGUGGUAACAGAUAUCAUGUGUUUAAUAAUACUGAGACUGAAGAUAACACACAAGUUUCUGUCCUGCUGGAGAAAAUAGACGACAUGGUGAAAGCAAAUGGAGGGAGUUAUUACUCAUCUAAAAUAUUCAGAGAGAUGGAGCGAGAAAAACAAAAACAUCAAAUUAAGAUGCUGAUGGAGAGAAUUGAACAACUGAGCAGAGAGAAAGAAGAGGAGAGAGAGAGAAUGAAGAAGACGAUGGAGGAUGAAAUACACAAUUAUGAUCAAGAGAGACAAAAAAGAGAAGAAGAAUUUAUAGAGACAGAAGAAAGAUAUAAAAGAGAAAUGAAGGAGCAAAAGGUACAAAUGGAAAAUGAGAUGAGAAGAGAACGAGAGACAUUAAACAAUGAAAUGAAGGAAAUAAAGAAAGAAAACAAAGAUCUCCAGAUCAAAUACGACACAAAUAGACAAACUGAUGAAUACAAUGGACUGGAAAGGAGCAUGGAGGUGGAUGACCGCUGUGGGCUAAGUUUGGAUGAGCAGCAUACACAGGACCAGCUACUUUCAGCAAUUUCUCCAAAAGCAAACCAGAAUCCUGUACCCAUCAUAAAUGACUUUGCAGCAUCACCAUCCCAGAAAGAAAACAACUUGAACUGGGAGAGACAAAGAAAACAUGCUGAGGACUACAAAAAGCCUGGCCACACCAAGAGAGACUUUCGCUAUAUCCAUGUACCAGCUCUAGAGAAGAAAAACAAUGAAGAAAAAUACAGAGAAAAGAUGAAAGAAAUAGAGAUGACUAAAACCCAAGAACAACAGCAACUAAAGAUAAAACUUGAGGAAACACAGAAACAGAUGCAAGAUAAUGAAAGAAAGAGGGAGGAAGAGAAACAAAACUGGAGAGAAAAACAGGAGAUCCUUGAAAAAAUGAUCCAGAUUGAGAAACAUCUGAGAGAAGAAGAAAGUCAAAAUUAUGAAGAUAAAAUUCAGCUGAUUGAACAACAGUGUGAAGAUAAACUCAUGAGAGUAAAAUCAGAGGAGUGUGAAGAAGACAAAAGAAGAGACUUAGAGAUACUUAAAAUCUGCUGCUCUCAAAUAGACUCAAAUUAUCUGAUGCCGGCUGGGUUGUUAGUCGUUCGGGUGCUGAAAUACGUAGUUCUGCUACGGCUGGGAGCUGUGGAGGGAGAAGAAACACUGUUCAACAGUCAAGAGGGUCUUGGACCUUUGUGGAUGCCAUCAGGGGCCGCCGCGACGGUGUGUGCCCAACCCACCCAGAUACGCUCUCUAGCGGUGUUCCAGCUGGAGUCACGUGGAAACCCCUCCAACGUCCCUGGCCCCAUAGUUGAACCAAAAAUCAGCAAACAGCUUGAAAAACUCUUCAGUAGAUUAGAUUUGACAAACAGAGAUCAGGAUCAGAUGAGUACAGAAGAUUUUCUUAAAAUCACAAAGUCUUCAUUUCAGUUUCAGGAGCCACAGAAAGAAACUGAACUUGUGAAUUCAUUCAUACUAAAACUGUUGAACAUAAACUACAGAGCAAGAGAAACACACAUAAAACACAGAGAAGAUCAACAAACACCUGAAGUUGACUUUGAUAUUCAUGUGAUGGAUGUUCAGAUGGCUGUGUUUCAUUGUGCUGAUAGUUUCCUAAAGCAGCUGAUGGUCACUAAACUCUCACAGUGUCAGUUUGCUCUUCCUCUGCUUGUUCCUCAUCCAUUCACACAACAGAUUGAGUUUCCUCUCUGGACAUUCAGACAAAUCAACAAGAGCUGGAAGAUGAGAAAUAAUGACAAUGAGAUCAUCAGUAAAGUCCAGCCUGUGUACAAAGCAGAAACUCCAAUGGUGUCGUUCUUCAGGUUUGGCUCUUUGUCUUCAUCAAAGUCUCAGCUGAUAAACAGUUUGAUCAAUGAGAAACACAACACGUUCUUCCACAGAAACUGCUCAGGAAGCAGCAGAACCAGACUACUGAUGGAUGGAGUGGUGGAGAUCGCCUGGUACUGUCCAUCUGGAAAAAACACAGAUACAUUUACUGACUGUGUUGCCUUCUGUAAUCUUCAUGGUGAUGCAGGAGACCAUGUGAAACAAUGUGAGAUUUUAACCAGUAUGUCUUCAGUCAAUGUCCUCUUCUUAUCUGAUUUUGGACAGAAGAACCAGUAUAAGGGUUUGGUGAGGUCACUCUUCAGAUCUCCUCAACCUCUUAUCUGUCUCCUCACAGACAAUGACUGUAAUAAAACUAAACAGACUGAUGGAAAAUUCAUAAUCGGUCUUUUGAACAAAAAUCAAUCUGAUCUAUAUAAUGAGAUAAGAGAGACUAUCAAAGUGAGUUUGAAAAAGGACACAAAAACCUUUAAACUGGAAGAUGUGGCCAAACACACAGGAAUUCAAGUAGAUGAGAAUAAUGAAGAGUGUCAGAGAGGAAAAGAGGUGGCGCUUCAGAUGAUGAAAUUACUUGAUGAUGAAGAUCCAUCAACAGUUAAAGAAACAAAUCUGCCUUAUCAGGGGAAACUGUGGCAUGACUGGUGUAAAAUAAACAAAGAGCUUCAUCAUCUAAGAGGAGAAAAUCUAGAAGAAGAUAAAAGCACCAAACAGAACCUCAUGAAAGAAAUAAGAGAAAAGCAAGUGGCAGGAGAAUUAACCGACUUUAUGAGGAUAUUCUUUGAAGCGCUGCGAUCACUGAAAACCAAUGAGAAGAAGUAUUUUCUGACAUUGUGGAUGAUAAAUCUGUUGAAUGACUUUACUUCUAAAAAGCAUUGUGAACUUCAUAAGGAGUUUGAUAUGAGAUGGAAUGAAGUUUCUUCUUUGAUAAAGAUGCCAAAUAAACAAGACCAACUGCAGAUUAAACAAACAGAGCAUGAGAAAAUAUCUGAACAAAUCAAUAAAACAAUGUUUUGUUUGGAGCACAUUAUAAGAGAGAUCGGUCAGAUUUAUGAAUCAUGGUCAUCUGUAAAGAAAAACAAUUUCUCUGAUCUCCCGAGUCUUGCAGCAGAGAUAAUGAUCUCUGGAUUUCCACUGGAGCUGAUGGAUGGAGAUGCUGCUCAUGUUCCUCUCAUCUGGAUUAAAGCUGUUUUAAAUCAACUCAUCCAGAAUCUGGGAGAUCAGAGAGUUUUUGUGCUGUCAGUUUUAGGGAUUCAGAGCUCUGGUAAAUCCACUUUACUCAAUGCUAUGUUUGGUCUUCAGUUUUCUGUCAGUGCUGGUCGAUGUACCAGAGGAGCUUUCAUGCAGUUGAUCAGAGUAUCAGAGGAGAUGAAACAACAGAUGAAGUUUGAUUUUAUUCUGGUUGUUGAUACUGAGGGUCUUCGUGCACCAGAACUGGGAGGAAGAUCCUCAAGAAAUCAUGAUAAUGAAUUGGCCACAUUUGUUGUUGGUCUUGGAAAUCUGACAUUGAUCAACAUCUUUGGAGAAAACCCAUCUGAGAUGCAAGAUAUUCUCCAGAUUGUUGUCCAGGCCUUCAUGAGGAUGAAAACAGUCAGACUGAAUCCCAGCUGUAUGUUUGUACAUCAGAACGUUUCAGACGUCUCAGCUGGAGAUAGAAACAUGGAGGGAAGAAGACGACUGCAGGAGACACUGGAUGAGAUGACAAAAAUCGCUGCUAAAGAAGAAGUCAGUGAUGCAGAAUAUUUCAGCGAUGUCAUUGCAUUUGAUGUACAGAAAGAUGUGAAAUAUUUUGCUCAGCUGUGGGAGGGAAGCCCACCAAUGGCUCCACCAAACCCAAACUACUGUGAGAAUGUUCUGGAUCUGAAAGAAUCUAUUUUCACACAUGCUUCAGGAUCAGAUGGUAUAAUGCUGACAGACCUAAGAGGACGUAUUGAAGAUCUCUGGGAGGCUUUGCUGAAUGAACAGUUUGUGUUCAGCUUCAGAAAUUCACUGGAAAUUGCAACAUACAGGAAAAUAGAGACAGAAUACAGCAAGUGGAGUUGGAGUCUUAGAAGUGCAAUGCUGGAAAUUGAAAACAAACUACACAACAGAAUUGAAAAUGAAGCAGUUCAUGAAGUUAAGGAAUCUGAUCUUGAAAGAGAACUUCAUGAAAAAAGUGAAGAAGUGAAAAAGUCAAUGUCAGAUUUCUUUGAGCGAGACAGAGAUGCAGGAAUACUGAAUCAGUGGAAAGCUUCAUUUGAAAUAAAAAUCAAAGAGCUUCAGGAAAACAUUGUGAGGGAGACAAAGAAGAAAUUAUAUCAGGUUCUUCAGCAGCGAGACAUGAAGAAAAAGAUUGAUGCUGAGCGGUCACAACAUGAAAACAGUCUGUUUGAAAAGAGCAAAAAACUUGGCUUGAAACUUAAAAACAAACAAAAUGAUGAAAAUAUAAUAAACAAACAGUUUGAUUCCUUUUGGAAAGAGCAGAUGGGUGAGAUCAUCAGAGACACUCCUACAGUUAAUAACAUUGACAUAUUAAAAGAUGUAACAGAUCUCCUGAGAAACAUCUAUGAACGUCUCUCUAUAGACUAUAAGAAAAUCAGCAGUGAGUACAUUGAUAUGCUCUCUGUGCCAAACUUUUCAUAUUAUGUACAGUUAAAAAGAUCAAAUUGGAAAACGUCACCCAUCAAAAAUAUAUACAAAGGAGCUAAAGAGAAAUUUGGCUUUGCUUUAUCUAUAGAGGAUGAAGUUCAGAUAAGAACUUUAAUCAAUGAAAUUGCUGAGCAGACAGAUAAAAUGAUUCAGUCAUAUAACAUUGCAAAGAUGGGCUACAACAUCAGCUACAUUCAACAACUCAUGGAUUACAUAAAGACAAAAAUAACAGAUCAUGAGGAAGAGCCAAAAGUGAAAUAUGUGUUCAAGAGAGAAUUCUUCAGGGAUUUGGUAGUUUGCAUUUGUCAGAGAGCAAACAAGACAUUCACUGAUCAACACAGAUUAUUCAGAGAAGCAAAUGAUCCUGUUCUGUAUUUUCACAUAAAAAGAGAAGAGUACUACAGGAUUUUCCAGAAAUACUGUCAAGGAGCAACAUCAGCUGCCAUUACUGCUGAAUUUAUUUGUAAUAAACUUAAAGAAACCAUUGAGCUGAAUGUCUACAAGAAAACUGCCAGAGAUUUAGCAGAUGAAAUGAGAUCACAUUGCAAAUCACUGAAUGGAAACAGAUCAAAUCUGGAGAAACACAUCCUAAAGAGGCUUGCAGAAAAUGAGGAUUUUACAGCAUACAUGACCUACAUUCAGAAUCCCAGAGAUCAUGUUAAAAGUUUCAUCAGAUAUGAAGUCAGUCAGUACAUAAAUGAAAGAUUUUAUGAUAGUGUUCAACCUAAGAUGGAGAAAAACAUUACACAACUGCAGAAGAAGAUCAUAAACGCAGCACAAGAGUCCACCAAACACAUUAAAGAGAUCAAUGGAGAUCUUCAUUCAUGGUUGACUCAUUUCACACAUAUGUUGUCUGAUGUCUGCCUACUAUCUGUAAGUGACAUCACUGGAGUGAAUUUAAGUGAUGUUGAUAUCACUGUCCUAGAAGAUGUGAUAACAGAAGAGAUCAGUUUUGUGAUAUAUAACAUCGGCAGCAGAUUUACUGAAGAAACAUUUCCAGUGAAGCUGAACAAGACAGACAGACCAGAUGAGCUUCUGAUUAAUCAUUUCUGUCAGUGCUGUUGGGUUCAAUGUCCUUUCUGUGCUGCCAUCUGCACCAACACCAUAGAAAACCAUGAUGGAGAUCACAGUGUCCCUUUUCAUCGUAGUAAUGGACUGUAUGGGUUGUGUUACAGAGGAACAACAAACCUCUCUAUCAACAUCUGUACAUCAGCAGUAGCCAGUGAUCGAUCAUUUUAUCCAGAUUCAGACUCAGAUGUUAAGUGUCUGUGGAAGGAAUACAGAAAAGGAGGUCCUAAAUAUGCUCAGUGGAGCAUCACCCCUGAUCUCUCUGAGCUGCCGUACUGGAAAUGGUUUGUGUGCAAAUUUCAGAAGAAUCUGGAAGAGUACUACAAGAAAACUUUUGAGGGGAGCGGCACGAUUCCAGAUGAAUGGAGAAAAUACUCUAAAAAAGAAGCUAUUGAGAGUUUGGAUAAAUACAUUUAACUGAACAAAUAUGAUCUUGAUACACAAGACAGUUUGAAAUAAAUCACUGUUAAAACAAUUUUGUAAAUUCUACAAAAUCAGUUAACGAAAAAUACAACAUAAUAAAAUAUGUAAACAUGUAAUGGAUUCUUUGAUUUAACAGAAAGUAAACGAUCUACCCUUAGA